CUUACGGUAAACAGUUUCACUAGGAAACAAAUAAUAAUGUAAAACAACUAAAUAAUAACAGACUCACGAUCACGUACACCAUAUGCGACUAAACAUAUGUCAUUUUAAAACGGACUACUAUUGUUUUCAUUUAUACAUUCAGCGUUGACAUAGUGAUGGAUAACUCAACUCUUGCUUUUCGUAAGCUUAGGAAUGGCUACGACCUGCCUGUGUACGGUUUGGACAAUGGGACAUUCUACUACAUCCACAUUCCGGCUAUGAUGUGUAUCGUCACUAGUUUCGUAUGUGCUGUGAUCGCCAUCGUGUUGAUCUUCCGCAGUCGAGGCUAUAAGUCUUUCUUCACGAAGUGGUCCAAGAGCGAGAGAUUCGUGGUUUACCUCGCUUUGUGCGACGCACUCUUCAACGUGUCCCACUUCACAGACCACUUGCACAUCGCCAUCGCAAAAAACCACGUGUAUCCAAAGAGACUGUGUGAGUUCUACGGCUUCAAUCUCGCACUGUUCAUCACAGCACAGAACUUGAUGGUCAAUAUCGUUGCUAUCAACGCCUUUAUGCUAUUGUAUUUCAACAAGAAUCUGGAGUUUGGAAGGUACGACUGGCGACUGCUGGCCUGGACCUUCGGUGCUCCGUUUAUUGGCGCUAGUAUUGCUGGAAUCGCGGGGCAACUAGGAACAAACGGAGCUUUUUGUUACUUUGAUGGCAUAAAGGGAGUGAUCACGAACAUCUGUUUCACCACGGUCCCGCUCCUCCUUGUGCUCGUUAUGAACGUCAUCUUUUACGUGCUCACGUGGAAGCGCAUUCACGAGCAAUGUCGCGAAAUCCGCCAAAACCUGGGCAAAAUGUCCACCGCUAUGCGAGCUUCCCACCGCGCCGCCCGCGCCAUGUCCAUGUUCGUAGCGGCGUUCUUUGUCCAGUGGUGGGCCAUGGCGCUGUAUGGCGUCUGGAAUCUCGUCGUGGACGUGGUUCCGCAGCCUGUGCACCACAUGGUGACCACGUUUUCGAACAUCGGCGGUAUACUGAAUCUGAUAGUGUACUGUAUCAUACGCAAGAAGCAGCUAAGCAAGGGCGAGUUUCUUUCAACGGAGAGGAAAACCAAAAGCAACGAUCCCGCGUCCUCGCAUUCGCACUUUAGCCGCCAGAACAACAACUCCAUGUGUGACAGUCAAGUAACGGAGCAGCCGCCAGUGACUCUUUCUAUCAUUGAUAAUCAUCUGGCGGUCCCUACAAGAUAUGGAAAUCGGCGUUGAAGCGGAACCAUAUUACGUAUCAUACAUAUAUUACAUUUAGGUCAUUCACAUGUCUCUAUUACCUUUAUGUAUUCCUCACAUGUUUUUAGCGCGUGGCUGUGAUUUAAUAAGUAAAAAUAUCAUUUUAAAUAAAAAAAUAAUCAAUUAAUAACGAAAAAUCAACUUCUCUGAACAAAAUAUUUAACUAUCAAGUAUAUAUAUAACAAGGUAUUCAACUCAAAAUGACCCGAACAUAGGUGCAUCGCUUUGAACAACCAUUACUUCAUCAAUUGUGCAACGAUUUCCAUGAACUCGGUCUUAAAAAAACGCAGCAAUGAAUUUCCUUUUUGGAAAUGUGCACAGCUUGCAAUACCUUUUACAAAUGCUGGGUAUAAUUUUAAGAAAUAAUACGAUACACAACUCGCGUGACUUACUCGUCGACGAUCUGACCCGAUCCAAUACUGAAAUCUUUACGGAGUAAUGUGCAUUUUCCCUGCAAAGUCAUUGGACCUCGGUACCAUAAUUCAAAAAAACUUAUGAAAAAACAUUCUUACCGUUCUUGCCUUUACAUGAUGCAUCAAAACUAAAUGUCUAGCGCCUUUUGUAACCAUAACACUUCAGUUGACUUUUCGUUAUAAAUUGUUUAUUUUUUAUUCAAAAUGACGUUUUUAGUUGUUUACUAAUAAAUAUCAUAGCCACACGCUAACCUACUGUGGUAUUCCUUAAAGUAUUUUGAUGCAUUUUUUUUAAUUACGCUUUGUUUGUAAUAGAUGUGUCUUUAAUAUAAUUGUUCCAUAAAAUUUGCACACAUCAUAUAAUAACACUAAGAACCAUACUUAAAAAUUACCAUUUACAGAAAGUGUUUCAUUAAUUCAAACUCUUUUGUUUGGAUGAUUAAUGUAAAUAUGCGCUGUUAAUCGCGCAUUAUUUUCAUUUUUAUACAACACAUACUCUCUGUAUCAUAUAUUUCACGAAUUCCUUAAUGUCUAAACAAUCUAACCAAUCAGUGUUCUGCAACUAUAUUUACAAAGUGUAAUGUUUUGCGCCAUGUUGAGUCGAGGAAUAUAUCCUCUUUAUUGGUCGGAUGUAUUUUUUGCAUGGAAAUCACGAAAAGUAAAACUGAUAUUGCUAUAAUAAACACAUUUGGGUAUGUUUUCUUCGACAUCUGCAGGGUGACGGCCCUUUAGCGAGGAAUGCCAGUUGACCUUGAGUUGAGUUUAAUUGAAGUGUGAGACUAGUUUUGGACAGUCAUUGCUUAUUCAGAUUCAACGCAAUAAACUUUGUUGGCGAAGCGAAAUUUUCAUAGCACAUUCAUUUUGAAAAUGGGCACACAAAGUGAAACGUAAUAAUAGA